AUGACGACGUUGUUUUGGGAGUGCUUGAACCUCAGAAGGAUUAAAUAUGAUCACGGAGGCGAUCGGUGGCGUGAAAAAGAUCCUGUCAUCCGCAGGAUUCGAACCUGCGCCCUCCGAAGAGGACUGCGACCUGAACGCAGCGCCUUAGACCACUCGGCCAGAAUGACGACGUUGUUUUGGGAGUGCUUGAACCUCAGAAGGAUUAAAUAUGAUCACGGAGGCGAUCGGUGGCGUGAAAAAGAUCCUGUCAUCCGCAGGAUUCGAACCUGCGCCCUCCGAAGAGGACUGCGACCUGAACGCAGCGCCUUAGACCACUCGGCCAGAAUGACGUUGUUAGUUUUGAGGCAAUUGAACCUCAGAAGGAUUAAAUAUGAUCAUGGAGGCGAUCGGUGGCGUGAAAAAGAUCCUGUCAUCCGCAGGAUUCGAACCUGCGCCCUCCGAAGAGGACUGCGACCUGAACGCAGCGCCUUAGACCACUCGGCCAGAAUGACGACGUUGUUUUGGGUAGUGCUUGAACCUCAGAAGGAUUAA